AUGCAAAGAAUUGAAUACCCAAGGCAUAAGAACAGUGUAAGGUUGUUUGACGAAGUUGGCGGCCAACCCUUGAAUUGGGGCUUUACUAUCUGCUUCAUCGUUUUUGUAAGUCUUUUUUUAGAUUUUUUUAGUAAGUCAGGUAUCAAUUUCAAUUUUCUUUGUUAUUAGGUGCCGAUAUAAAGAACGCCUGUAAUUUCCUGUAAAAAAAGGGGUGGGGGUUCUUUAUGUCGGCACCUAAUAAAACAGCUUAUGCUGUUUAAUUUUAAAAAGUUUUGAUACAAAAAUGUCAUUUUAUAUCUAAAAAAUCAUUUAUACCUAAAAAAACGAACAGCCAUUUUUAGAUAGCUAAAAAAUUCAAAAAAAAGAAAUUUUUUCUUUGGUUUACAUCCAGAGACUUAGCUAGAAAUUUUUUCAAUGAAGAAGGGGGGAAGAUGUACAUCCACCCUCCCCCCCCCCUGGGCGACAUCCCUGUUUAUAGCCAUUCAUAAAGCCAAAGCCCUUCAACAACCCGUAUUUUUAGAUAUGCGUAGCAAACGUUCUAAUCCUAAUAGGCUUACGAAUGAUGUUAGAAUUGAAAGACGAAUAUGACCAACCAAUUUUAAAGGACUAUCAACAAGAGAUCCUCCUACAAAUACUUGGAGUAUUCGCUCUAUCAUUUGGUUUUGGAUGCUGUUGUUGUUUCUGCUGUGGUGGAAGACUCCCCUAGUAAGUUUAGAAGUAAUAAAUAGACUUAACUUACCCAGAAUAUUUUUACAAAAGCUUGCCAUUUAAAAAGUUGCAAAAAAAGUUUUAAAAGCCUUUAAAAUGCCAAUUUUUCUCUCUAAUCCUCCAUUUUCAGCUGGAUUUAUCGUAGAAUCGCGAAAUUUUUCUCAUUUCUACGUGGCGCCGUCCAUGACAAUCGAAAACAUACCACACUACGCAAUAGUAUUACCGUAUCGCCGGUUAGACCGAAGAAGAUUCGCCCGUUCGUUAUUGACAUGGUAGGUGCCUUAUUUGGACGGAAAUAAGCGCGGCGAAGUGUGUGGGGGUAUAGCUCAGUGGUAGAGCGCCCGCUUUGCAUGCGGGAAGUCAGGGGUUCAAACCCCCUUACCUCCAAAGUUGUUUUUGGGGUUUUUGAAAACAGAUUUUGUUUUUUUUAUAGUAAUAUAAUUUCUAAGACCCAGAAUGCACAAUAUAGGCAGAUCUGUUUAUCUUAAUUUUCGCAGAAUAAGCUGUAAAAAUCCAAAAAUAAGCCGAAAAUCCAACUUUUUACCCAAAAACACCCAUUUACUAAUGCAAAACGUAACAUAACUCUCCACUUUUUCAGAAAUCCAAUCAAAAUACAGUCUCCACCAACUCUCCCAGAUCUUGUCAAUCGCCCCGGACGUCAGAAUCCGAUGAGCACACCUUCCCAAAAAAACAGUUGCCAAAAUCGUCACUCAAUAAGGUUGCUUCACCCCAAAUCGAGGGACGUACGAGUAUCAUUAACUACUUCGGCAACCGUUCUGCUCACAAAAUUUCUGAACUAACCCCUUCUAAACUAUCUACUGAAGCUAGAAAAGAUUUUAUGAAGAGUGACGAUAAAGAUAUUGAUAUAGAAAAUGGCGAAAGUGGUGGUCAAGGCAACCAACAAAUCCCCAAGUUUUCUUUGGUUUCGAUAUCAAACUCUCUACAUCAGAUUCAGCAAGAAGAUUCUGAACCGCAUUUAGACUGUCAUCGUAAGAAUGGCGUGUCAAAUACGGUUGUGAAAGAACGGCCAGUAUUUUUCACUGGAGAAGUUCCACGACAUAUGAGUUUGCCUACUAGUACUAGGGACUUUCAUAUUGUUUGA